GAGCGCAGCGCAGGGCGCCCGCUUCUUCCCGCUCCUCCGAUCGCCGCCGUUAACUACCCACCCUUCUCCUCCCUUACCUUGCCUUCCCGUGCCAGAGACAGCAGCAGGAGGAGGAGCUAGCCUCGCGCGGGAGACGUGUGCGGUGCUUUGCGAGCGCCGUGGCCUCUGCCUUGCCGCCGGCCAUGGACGACCACAAGGAGAAGGAGAAGGAGCACACCGGCGGCAACCCCGACGUGCCCGAGGAGGAGGAGGAGGACGAGGAGGCCAAGCGCGCCGUACUGCUCGGACCCCAGGUGCCCCUCAAGGAGCAGCUCGAGCUCGACAAGGAUGAUGAGAGCCUGAGGAGGUGGAAGGAGCAACUCCUGGGGCAGGUUGACACACAGAACCUUGGAGAGACUGCGGAGCCGGAGGUGAAGGUGCUGAACCUCACCAUCCUGUCGCCCGAUCGGCCCGACCUGGUCCUGCCCAUCCCCUUCGUCGCUGAUGACAAGGGCUACGCAUUCGCCCUCAAGGACGGCAGCACCUACAGCUUCCGCUUCGAAUUCAUCGUCUCCAACAACAUUGUGUCUGGGCUCAAGUACACCAACACCGUCUGGAAGACUGGAGUAAGAGUGGAGAACCAGAAGAUGAUGCUGGGGACAUUCAGUCCCCAGGCAGAACCUUACACAUAUGCGGGUGAAGAAGAAACCACCCCUGCUGGCAUGUUUGCAAGAGGCUCCUAUUCUGCUAAAUUAAAGUUUGUUGAUGAUGAUGGCAAGGUCUACUUGGAGAUGAGUUACUACUUUGAGAUUAGGAAGGACUGGCCAACCUUCCAAUGAUGUGGAAACAAGGCACCACCAUGCAUGUUAGCUCAUAGCUAAGCCAAAGGCAGAUUGCGCUGUCACUUCUAGAAACAAUUAUUCCUGCACCAUCGUCGUCGUUAACCACCUUUUUCGAAUUUCCUUCGAGCUUAAUUAAUUCCACUCUCUUUUUUCC